UGGGGUGGGGAGAUGAAGGAUGGGAGGGUGUCAGACAAUCUCACUCGCCGUUUUUUUUUCUCUGUGUGUCCAUAUUACUCCGUCCAUCUUUGGAGCGUAAAGGGAAAAAAGAAGGGGAGCCGACCGAGGGCAUCGCCCCAGCGUGUGAGUAUUGUCGUCAGAAAUAGUGAUGCCUCAGCAGAUAACCACAUGACACUAUAGACUGACACGCAACAGCGAAUGUGAGAGCGAUGGAGAGUUUCAAUGAGCUGCUUCUUAAACUCAGGGAGGUCCAUGAGCGAGAACUUGAGGGGUGGCAGAUGAAGGUGCAAGAAUUGUCCAACAAGAAGGGUUGUGAUACAAAGCGAAUGGAGGAGCUGUUCACAAAGAAUCAACAGAUGAAGGAGCAGCAGCGAAUACUCACUGAAAAUAUCAAGACACUUGAGAACAGCUUCCAUUCUUUUAAUUCCUCCUCAUUUGUUAUUCUUUGCUCGUGCGAUGCAACUCGCAGACUGAGGGCAGGCCUGUGUGACAGAUGCACAGUCACUCAGGAGGUGGCCAAGAGAAGACAGCAGGAGUUUGAAGUCUCUCAGAUGCAGACCAUCCAACACAUCACACUGCUAGCUGGAGAGACUAAUGCCCUAAAAAAGGAAAACAGGAGACUACGAGAUGAGAUUGAUCAUCUCAGAGAAGCAUUAAGCCACACACCUUUGGAGGCAAAACCAAACACCUCCCCUGACCUUUCACCUUUAUCUGGACCUGUGUCUCUCAUCACCAUGGCGACUGGCAGGGCUACCUCCGACCAGCCAGUAGAUGGCAAUGUUGCAGUGAAAACAGACACAAACCAAAUGGCUGAUGAGCCUCCGUCAGAGUUCAGACAGCUCCAAGCAAUAAGCAAGAGCCACUUUGCUCUCUCAACUUUCACUUCACAGCCCUGGAAGACAGAAAGCAGUGUGACACAUGGAGACAGGAGAUCUCACGCCGUGGGAGCCCCGGACCAGGCACCCCCAGUUCCCUCUCAAGCUCUUCAUUUGAGGACGACCAAUGCUGAUGUGAAUCCAACCCGACAUACAAUCAAAGCCCCCGUCCCCUGUCGCCCUCAACCAAUCAAAAGCAGCCCUGUUCCCUUUCCUUGGGCUCUACCCGAAUCUUCUGCCUGGGCUUCACUGGCAAAUUCGGGCACAAACCUGGCGAGGCACCCUUAUCCUAAAUCAAAUCUUCCUCGAUUUCCAAACUUGGUCCCAAGUGGCCAGCACACGAGCCUUUCCAGCAUUCAAGAUCAGGUUUAUGGGACUCAGUGGCACAAAAACAGCAGCUUCCAAGGCCCCAUUAAAGAACCAAUCGUGGUAUUUAGGUUGAAUAAUUUAUCAGAGCAUACAGGGAUUCUGGGUAAGUCUCAGGAGAAGAGGGACACGCAACCAUCCACCACCGAAAGGGUUUCUGGGGAUGGGCUUAGAGAUCUCGGCGAUGGUCCUCUCGAUCUGUCCGACAGAGGAAAGUCGAAACCGAGCCAAACAACGAAACAUGAACCUUCUUUAUUCUCACAAGAGGGAGAGGGUGUAAACAAGAGAACUGACAAGGAAUUGAUGCAGAGUCUUCCCACACCUGGUCAAACUGCAUCGCCUCCCUCGUCUCGAUCCUUGGCGCCAUCCUUACCUCUGGUCACGCAACAACAAGACGUUACGCAACACAAACAGAAGCAGGUGGUAAAAGAGAAUGCGGAGCAGAAAAAAGAGGCCGAUGAAAAGACAGAGCAAAGCAAUGGAAAGAAGGUCCCUGGCCUCACUAUAUCAUUACGUCCAGUAGUCGUGCUGGAGAGUAUGAAUUCUGCUAUUCAAAUGCAAGACGGUUUAUCAACAAAUGGCAAGUCAUCUCCGCCAGCCGUCGAGCCCAAAAACUCGGAGGAGCAGGUGGAGGAAAGGGAGGAGGAUGAGGAGGAAGUGGAGGAAGAAGCAGCAGCGGAGGACGAGGAGGAGGAAAACGUGUCAGAACAGGCAAACAAUCAUGCCUACAAGAGGAAGAAAUUAUUCGUGGACACAGAAAUGGACCAAGACUCAGACACUGACGCAAAAGCAAAGAAGGUCAAGAUCACAGUAAGAGCUCCGGAAAAGAACUCCAGCUGACGGAAGCGGACUGGAGCUCUAUCACAGGAGAUAAAGGAAGAUUGUACCCGCAAUUGGGGAUCCAUAAAGUAGUACAGUACAUUCCGAAGUUUUAAAAGUAGUUUGGGUUGAACUUGAAUUCAUUGGAAACCAUCUCCUAAAUUGCAUGCAAAUGCUGGGGUAGGCUCUUACCGAGCCAGAUUGCCCAAGAAAUCAAAAAAAAAAAAAAAAGGAGACCCAUAAAAGCUAUUUAAAAGCAGUCCUCAAAAGCCAUGCAAAUAACUCCUAAGUGACUAUGAGCAAUAUUGGCCAUGACAACAGAGCACGUCAGUCGCCAAGUGUCUCAAGAGUAAAGCUCUCUGGAGAUACUUGCAAAUCGUUCCCAUGUGACUUACUGUGGCUUGUUUUCUCAAUGCCCGAAAACACUCAUAACACCACAUGUAAUUUAUGCAACACUAUAACGGCAGAGAAAGUUUCACUGGGAGCUGAGUGGUUGCAACGAGGCUUAUAGGGAACAUUUUUCACUUGUCAUUUUCGCUCAUCUGUGUCUAUUAAAUGCACUUAAAUGGUGAAUGGGCUUUUUCGUGUAAAGCACGUUUUUACCCACACGUUACUCUCAAUGCUUUCACAUAGUCUCCUAACUCCCCCAAUGAUGGCACAGCAUCAGGGGCAUCUGUGAGUUUACUAUCUUGCUUUUGGAGACUUUAGUAUUUAUAUCCUACAGUAAUUAUAAUUAAUUAAUUAGAAUAAUUCGAUACCACAUUUGGAUCUGUCGCAACAAAUCGAAAUUUGUUGUAUCGACUCUAUGCUUUGAGACCCCCUUAAAGUCUCAGUACAUACUGUCUUCUUGUUUUUGAAACAUGUUUGGAACUAUUUCACUUUCCUGGCAUUGGUGUCACCACUUUAGAUCAUGAAGUCCCCCUCAUGUUGCCUUUAGAGGCUUAAGGUGGCCCAAUAAAGGGGGGGAAAAAAAUGAGUAAAACAACUUCCUCUUCCUCUUUUUCAUUUUCAACAUGCACAUAUUUUGCAACUACUAAGUUUCCACUUACAGCUGUGACAGCAUCUGUUCAUGCGGAAGGGUGCGUGUGAUAAAACUACAGUUACAAUGUUGGUUUAAUGAUAGACUGCUGCAAUGUCACUGUGGCUGUCGUCCACCUCAACCGGGCUCAGUCUAUUCGCCGUGUCAUUUAUAAUUCCAUAAAAGCAGUCAUUAUUUUUUUGUUCGCUCUAACAUUUGCACUUUUUGAUUUGAAUUUUGUAUUUUUCCGCACUUUGUUUUUAGCCUUUGUGUGAGCGACCCUGAUGCUGUGAUACUGAGCUGGUCGUCCUUCCAAACGCAUGAGCAAACAUGAUGUGGAUGAGUAGUCAAUGGUUUCCUGUUGUAUUUCAGUCAAUUAAAGGUAUAUUGAAAA